GUGAGAGAGAGAGAGAGUGCAUGCGUGUGUGUGUGUGAGUAGAGAUGGACGUGUGUGUAUGCUGUUUGAGUGCUCUGGUCAUGGCAGUACUGUAAGGAGAAUCAAAGUGCCCAGCUAGGGGGCCACUGAGUGUGAAUGACCGAGGAAGGUGCACUCUGGUCAGGAUGGCGCUCAACCGAGUGUCCCUGCUCUGCCAAGACAUCACCAGGUUAUGGCUACGGCUGAAAGUAACCACAGAUGAGAUCAUGCAGCAGGAGACCAGCCCCCUGUGUGCGGCCGACAUCGGGCCCGACCUGAGGAAACGCUUCGCUUUCCUCUCAGGAGGCCGCGGGGAGAACGGCAGUCCAAUCAUCAUCUUUCCGGAGUUUCCAGCGUUCGGUGAAUUGCAGGAGCAGGAAUUCCACAAUGUGCUGACGUACCUCACCAGCGUUCCCAGCCUCAGUGCGGCAGGAGUUGGCUUCAUCCUGGUCAUCGAUCGCAGGCAAGACAGAUGGGCAUCAGUGAAGGGGACCCUGCUACGCAUCGCGGGCGCGUUCCCAGGCAACCUGCAGCUGGUGCUGGUGUUAAGACCCACCACACUGUUCCAGAGGGCUCUCUCCGACUUCCUCUUUAAGCUGAACAAAGAUGAGUUCAAAAUGAAGGUGCCGGUGAUAAUGCUCAGUUCUGUGACUGAGCUCCAUAGUUACAUUGACCGGACUCAGCUGACACAGGAGCUGGGUGGAACUCAGGAGUACUGCCAUGAGAAAUGGAUCUCUCACCGCACCGCCAUUGAAGGCUUUGCUCUAAUGGUUAAAAAGACAGCUCAGACUCUCCAGUCGUUUGGCACUGAGCUGGCCGAGACAGAAUUGCCUAACGACGUCCAGGCCACUUCUAACCUCCUGACGAUUCACACUGAGAAAAAGGACAAAAUGAAGGAGGACUUAAAGAUUGCUCUGAGUCAAGGUGGGCGUCUGUUAGAGAGCAUUAAUGAGCCUCUAGUGAAAGACCCCGACUACACCAUGAACCAGGACGAACUGGAGAACCUGGCCACAGUGCAGAGACUCCUCGGACAGCUUGAUGAGACGGAGACAGCGUUUGAUGAUUUCUGGGAGAGACAUCAGACAAAGCUGGAACAGUGUUUACAACUCCGCCACUUUGAGCAAAACUUUCGGGAGGUGAGAACUCAGCUGGAUAUUGUGGCGGACAGGUUAUCAGGUUUCUCAGAGGUGGGCAUAAGCCCUGCCCACGGAGAACAUAUCCUCAAGGAGCUGACCAAUCAUGAAGAGAGAACCUGUGAGGUGUUGGACAGGGCCCUGUCUCUGGCAUGCGAGGGUGACGGCUUAAUUGAGAGUUCUCACUAUGCUGUGGACUCCAUUGUGCCUAAGUGUAGUGAGCUGAGAGCAGUCAGUGAGGAAAUCAGCUCCGUCCUCAAGGCUAAGAAAGCUCACCUGCUCAAAGCCAUGGAGCUACACCAGUGCCUUGACAAGGCCACUAAGUGGUGUGAUGAUGGUAUCUACCUGCUGGCAUCCCAGCCCGUGGAUAAGUGUCAAUCACAGGAUGGGGCGGAGUCAGCUCUUCAGGAGAUUGAGCGUUACCUGGAUACAGCCAAUCAGCACAAGCUCACUGACCUCAAUGCCAUCUGGAGGGACUAUGAAUCUGUACUCACAGCAGAGUUUAGAGAACAAGUGGAGAAGGUUUUCCAGAAGCAAGUGUCCAUGCAGGAGAUGUUUGAGAAGCGGCGGAUAAGCCUGAAGAAGCUAGCCGCUAAACAGACGCGUCCUGUCCAACCGGUCGCUCCGCGGCCGGAGGCCAUUCUCAAAUCUCCAGUGUCCUCUCCCUCACACAGAGAGAAAACCUGUCCGGAGGGUGAACUCAUCAAUGGAGGAGGCUGUAAAAGAGGAGACAGUCCCCUGCAUAACGAUGUCAGCAGACACCCAUCUCUCUCUGAGGAAGAGGAGAACUUGGCUGUCCUCAGACGGCAUGUCAUGAAUGAGUUGUUGGAGACAGAGAGAGCAUAUGUGGAAGAGCUCCUGUGUGUGCUGCAAGGUUAUGCGGCUGAGAUGGACAACCCGACCAUGGCUCACCUGAUACCUAACACACUCAUGCACAAGAAGGAUAUCCUUUUUGGCAACAUGCCAGAGAUCUACCAGUUCCACAAGAGAACUUUCCUCCGAGAGCUGGAGGCAUACACUGAUUGUCCCGAGCUUGUGGGUCGAUGCUUCUUAGAAAGAAUGACUGACUUACAGAUCUACGAGAAAUACUGUCAGAAUAAACCACGUUCAGAGAGUCUAUGGAGACAGUGCAGUGACUGCGCCUUCUUCCAGGAGUGCCAGAGGAAACUGGAACAUAAACUUGGUCUUGACUCCUACCUCCUCAAACCUGUUCAAAGAAUAACCAAAUAUCAGCUCUUGCUGAAGGAGCUACUGAAGUACAGUAAAGCUUGCGAUGGCGCUGAAGACCUGCAGGAGGCGCUCUCCUCCAUCCUGGGCAUUCUGAAGGCAGUGAAUGACUCCAUGCACCUCAUAGCCAUCACUGGAUAUGAGGGUAACCUGAGUGACCUGGGGCGGCUGCUAAUGCAGGGCUCUUUCAGCGUGUGGACGGAACAUAAGAAAGGUCACGCUAAGGUCAAGGACCUGGCGCGGUUCAAACCCAUGCAGCGUCACCUCUUCCUCCAUGAAAAAGCCUUGCUCUUCUGCAAAAAGAGAGAGGAGAAUGGAGAGGGCUACGAGAAAGCCCCAUCGUACAGCUUCAAACACUCUCUCAGUAUGAGUGCUGUGGGCAUCACGGAGAAUGCGAAAGGAGACAACAAAAAAUUUGAAAUCUGGUGUAAUUCAAGAGAGGAAGUGUACAUUGUGCAGGCAGCAACGCCCGAGAUCAAGACGGCAUGGGUGAACGAGAUCCGGAAGGUUCUGACGGGCCAGCUGAAAGCCUGCAGGGAAGCCAUCCAGCAGAAGAGUUCAGAACAAGCAGCUCAGUUGCCCACUGUCACCAGUGCACCUGUCAGUCUCAGUCCGUUUAAAAGUAACCAAAAGUCUGUGAAGAAAGGAGAAGAGAAAAAGACUGAACCGGCCACUGCUGACCAAACCUCAACAUCAUCUCCUAAAAAUACAGACAAAGUCAAAGAUGAGACAGUAACCAGCCCCACCACUGACAGGGCAGCUGUGGCUAAAAAACGUUUUACGUUACAGGGCUUCAGCAACCUAAAGAGUCAGAGAGGAUCACCCCCUAGUCCUGACCACAAAACCAAACGACAUGAGAUUAAGAGUGACCCAACGCCGUUUGGCUUUAGAGGAUUCAACAAAGCCUCUCUCUCUGUGGACGCCUCGGAAGAAAACGACGGCUACUCCAGCGCCGAGGACCCCUUGAACUCUGACCCUGAGGACGAUGGGGUCAAGAAGCUAUCCCCAGGCAAAUACGUAGUGGUGGCUGAUUAUGAUAAAGGCGGCCCCCAGGAUCUCACUGUGAAGAGUGGAGAUAUGGUACAGUUGGUCAAAGAGGGAGAAGAUGGACAAUGGUUUGUACGGAACCUCAAAACCAAUAAAGAAGGAUGGGUCCCGGCAGCUAACCUUCUCACACUGAUAGGAGAGUCCAAGUCUUCACAAUCUUUGACCAGCUCAGAAGGCAGCGGGUCAGGAAACCUAAGCACUUCAUCCAGCUGUAGUGAAACGUACACAAGCUUCUCUGAUAUCAAGCCCUGAGGGCCUUAGUCUACAUCGCCACCCGGUGGUGCUUCUUAUAAAUGCACUUUCCUCUGAGGACGCUCCCUUACUGAAGUCUGAACCAAAUCGACAGCAAAGGAGCAUCCGCAUUCCUGAGAGCAGAACCUGAGCUGACAUGAACCUUCAGCAUCACUCUGCUUGCUCACACACUAUUGUCUACAUCUGAUGUGAUGCUAAAAGGGAAUCUCCAGUACCCACGGCACAUUUUGUCUUUCCUAUAAAAAUGUUGAGGUGAAUGAUGGCAUUAUGUCUUUCAGAAUGACCUGAUACAUUUCGUGGAGGGGGAAAAAAACAACCUCUUCCCUUUGCAAAAACAACAACAACAAAAAAAAAAAACCCUGUGUUUUCAGUACUUGCUGUAUGAGAAAGUUCGAAGUAUUGUUAAACCAGUCAGUUCAGGCUUUCCCCUCUGUGUAAUUUUACACCUCUGCAAUAGCAUUAGUUGGAAAGAAGUGGGUCUUUUACAGAGAAAAAAAUGUUCCCAUUUUCUUUCAAACUGAAGGUUCUUGCCAAUAUGCUGUAUCACAAGACAAUUGAGUAUUGUGAAAGCUGAAAGGAUUGUUAUCAAACCUGGUCUAUUGUUAUUGAAAUUACUGUGAGCAGUUCUGGUGUUAACUGUGUGUAUUAAUCACAAACAAGUGUAUAGUUUAAAUUAUUUCCUGUAAAAGAAUAAGAUUUGUACAGAAUAUAUUAACUUUUACCUCAUUUUUUCCCUCAUUAAAGCGGUAUAUGUUGUAUAUGAACCACUGCGGUGGCUGUGUUUUCAUGAAUUGUUGUAUUGUCUAGAACUUGUAUUAAUUUUCUGGUCUGCACUACAUGUAUUUAAUAGUCUUUCAUCUCUCUGUGACUGAAAAUUGUAAACCUUUGUUCAAAAAUCGAUCAAUCGCUCAAAGCUAUACUGUCACAUCUGGUCAAGGUUUCUUAAAUUAUUGAGAGAGAAUUCAAAUGUAAAUUGGACAAUAUUUUGAUAACAAAUUCAAAUUUUGCAAUGUUGUUGCAUCCUUACACAAGGUCAGAUCUUCGUUUGUUCAGCAUAAUUGCCCUCUUAUUACUUAUAAAUGACAAUUAAUGUGUUUUGAAAAUGACUUUGACCUCAAAUCUGGCCCAAAAGAGGAUUCUAUUUUAACAUUUUUUUUAAUUACCCAUGUUAUCUUUCUAUUUUAUCAUCAGCGAGAUGAAAUCAACAUUAUUGUGUACUCCAUUCUAUGUACCACAUUGCCGCAUGUCUGUUUUUUCAUAAGGCAUAUAUUACGUGCUAAUGUUGAUCUUCUGGAAAAUUCAUGCAAAUUUACCUGUGUAUAUGUGUAAAUAUGUAUUUAAGAGGUUCUGAGCUGUAUGAAGAGAAAUCAAAGCUUGA